AUGUCUGUAAAAAACAAUCCAGGUGGAGAAAAUCAGACUGUUCCUGUGAUGUUUAUUCUUCUUGAUUUCAACACUAGGGAAUUUCAGGCUUUAUUUUCUAUACUCUUUCUACCCAUCUACCUUGUAACUAUGACUGGGAACAUUCUCAUAAUUCUUCUGGUGAUCAUUGACCAACAGCUUCACACCCCCAUGUAUUUCUUCCUGGGAAACCUGUCCUGCCUGGAGACUUGCUACAGUUGUAUCAUCAUGCCGAGGAUGCUAGCCAGGUUUCUGAGUGAAGAUAACACCAUUUCUAUUAGUGGAUGCUUUGCACAACUUUAUUUCUUUGGGUAUCUUGCAACUACAGAAUGCUAUUUUCUGGCGGUGAUGUCUUAUGACCGUUAUUUAGCGAUAUGCAAACCAUUGCAUUAUGCAAUGCUUAUGAAUAGCAAAAUUUGCAUUGUGCUUAUUACUGGGUCAUGGAUAAGUGGUUCAUUGUUUAUCAGUUUUAUCAUAUACUUGGUAUCUCAGCUAAGUUUCUGUGGACCCAACAAAAUUAACCAUUUUUUCUGUGAUCUGAUCCCAUUGAUAAGGCUUUCAUGUGAUGAUACCACUUUGGUGGAAACUAUAGCUUUCAUUAUCUCCUUCUUAGGAACUCUGGCUCCAUUUAUUAUAACUUUGACCUCUUAUGUUUGCAUCAUUAAGAACAUUUUGAGAAUCCCAUCCAUAAAAGGAAAACAAAAGGCAUUCUCAACUUGUUCCUGUCAUCUCACAGUGGUUGGUUGCUUUUAUGGCUCUCUGAUCAUUGUUUAUGUUUUACCAAACUUAAGUUCACUGAGUAACUUGAAGAAACUGUUUUCCCUGUUCUACACUCUGCUCACUCCUUUGGUUAAUCCCAUUGUCUAUAGUUUAAGGAACAAAGAAGUAAAGGAAGCAAUGAAGAAAAUACUCACAAUGCUUUCUAAAAGUCACUAA